UGUUUCAUUAUUUUCCUUCCCCCCCCCGGAGUAACUUCACGCAAGACACAAGAAACACGCUAAGCAAUGUCGGACUGUUUGAAAGAAAAAGUUGGUGAGGUUUUACUACCAGGAGAUAUAUUUUCAUUUGAAAACACAUCAGAAAAAGUCAUAUGUGGGCCCGGACUGCGACGAAACGGAGACGAAGUUCUUGUGUGCAAAAGCGGAAUUUUGCGCCACAAACAUCCAAACAUGUACUGGGUUGACUCUCAACAAAAACGGUAUGUCCCGGCCAAAGGGGAGAGUGUCAUCGGCAUUGUCACCGCCAAGUCCGGCGAUGUCUUCAAGGUGGACGUUGGAGGGAGCGAGCUGGCAUCGUUGUCUUACCUGGCAUUCGAGGGUGCCACCAAACGGAACCGGCCCAACGUACAGGUGGGAGACCUGGUGUACGGCCAGUUCCUCAUCGCCAACAAGGACAUGGAGCCGGAGCUGGUGUGCAUCGACAGCUGCGGCCGGGCCAACGGCAUGGGGGUGUUCGGAGCGGGGGGGCUGCUCAUCAAGGUGUCCCUCGGGCUGGUGCGCAGGCUGCUGGCCCAGCAGAGCGCGCUGGUGAAGGAGCUGGAGCAGGUGUUCCCGUUCGAGAUGGUGGUGGGCCUGAACGGGCGGGUGUGGGUGAAGGCGCAGAGCAUGCAGCGCGUGCAGGUGCUCGCCAGCCUGCUGGAGAGCUGCGAGAACAUGACGCCGCAGCAGCGCCACGCCCUGUUCCGCCGGGCGGCCAACGGCGCCUCCUGAUGGCCCGCGCCUGCCGCUGCGCCCCGCUCCACCCGCUAACCCCCCCACCUGCUGCGCCCCACCGGUUUGGGUGGGGGUCCGCGCUGGGAGACGACUGGACUGGAGGUCACCGUGGCGAUGAUGUCAGAGGAGCUCCCUGCUAACGCCUGGCAAGCGUUUUAACAACACUGCAACUGGACCUCUCCACCUGCUGCCAACGUUUGAUGCUAACCCCCCCCUCCAUUUUGACAGUGGUGCCACCCAGUCACUGCCAUUAAUGAACCUCUCCCAUUUUGCUUCCCUCCCACGUGAUUGGACAAAUGGGGAAGUGAUGCGCUUUCACAGCAGCCAAUGAAAUGUCCAGAAUGGAGUUGGGUGAAAAAUGCAGACUUUCCUUCAGUUAUUCGGCAAAUGGAGCAUGCUAAUUUUGUUCAUCUUGGGAGGGACUUUUUUAUAUUAAAUGUAUGCCAAGCACCCAAGAGAACUAGAGGAGGAGAAAAAAAAUCGGUUUUGAGAGAAAGAUCUAACGUCAAAUAUGUAACUUGAUAUUUUGAUGGAAUGCUAUAUUUUGAUUUGUCUCAUGGACGUAACUUGCAAAACGGUUGUUUCUAUGAGAUGUGAAGUGUUUUCACUUAAAUGUUUUCAUGGUUUACCCUUGGCAGCUCUGCAUGGGUUGCAUAUGAAUAUUUUUUUGUAAAUAAAUUAAUUCAUGAACACA